UACACACAUAAAUACAUAGGCAUUUAACCAUUUUUAACAAUUUUUUUAGAGAGAGAAUGUCAUUCAAUUGAACGGUGAAGGUAAUGCUGGGAAUCCCGUGCAUAGAUUGCAUGGCCUAGGCCUUCUUUCCAGCCUCUGGUCGUCUCUCUUUAGGAUCUGAUCCCAGGCUGGUCAGUGAAUUUGAGAGGAACCCGUUUGCUGCUGAGUCUUUCUUUCCCUUCUCGGCAGUUAAAACCGAGUUUAUCAUUGUCUUGGAAGGGAAAGAGAGGAUAGAACAAAGCUUAAGCAAAUCAAUAUACUUGGGAUACAAAAAUGAGUGCAGUGUCUGGGGUGAUUUCUCGGCAAGUGUUGCCAGUAUGUGGAAACCUUUGUUUCUUUUGCCCUGGUUUGCGGGCUAGGUCUAGGCAGCCUGUCAAGAGGUACAAGAAGCUCAUUGCUGAUAUUUUUCCUCGUUCACAGGAGGAAGGACCUAAUGACAGGAAAAUCGGGAAACUAUGUGAAUAUGCUGCCAAAAAUCCUUUGCGCAUCCCAAAGAUAACAACUUCUCUUGAGCAAAGGUGUUACAAGGAAUUGAGAAACGAAAAUUUUCAUUCAGCUAAAAUCGUCUUGUGCAUUUACAGAAAGUUGUUGGCCUCUUGCAAGGAGCAAAUGCCUUUAUUUGCCAGCAGCUUGUUAAGUAUCAUUCACACUCUGAUGGAUCAAACACGGAGAGAUGAAAUGCAAAUUAUAGGAUGCCAAACUCUUUUUGACUUUGUGAAUAAUCAGAGUGAUGGGACUUACAUGUUUAACUUAGAAGGUUUUAUACCAAAACUUUGUCAGUUAGCUCAGGAAGUGGGAGAUGAUGAAAGGGCAAAAAAUCUACGUUCAGCUGGGCUGCAAUCACUUUCAUCAAUGGUUUGGUUUAUGGGGCAACACUCUCAUAUUUCUGUGGACUUCGAUAGUAUUGUUUCAGUGGUUUUGGAAAAUUAUGGGGUUCCCAGGAAAGACUUGCAGAAUCUUGACAGCAAUAAUCCAGGUCACCAGAGUCGGUGGGUGCAGGAAGUGCUUAAAAAUGAAGGUCAUGUCUCUCCAGAAGAUGCCCUUAUAAGGGUUCCUUCAUGGAGGACAAUUGUGCACGACAAAGGGGAUAUAAACGUGACCACGGAAGAAACCCAGAAUCCAUGUUUCUGGUCUAGGGUGUGCUUGCAUAACAUGGCCAAGCUGGCAAAAGAGGCUACAACCGUACGCCGUGUUCUGGAAUCACUGUUCCGAUACUUUGAUAAUGAGAAUUUAUGGUCACCAGAACAUGGUCUUGCUUUCCCUGUGCUAAAGGAUAUGCAGUUUUUGAUGGAUAACUCUGGGCAGAAUACUCACUUUUUGCUUUCAGUUUUGAUUAAACAUCUCGAUCAUAAAAAUGUCCUUAAACAACCUGACAUGCAGAUUGAUAUUGUUGUGGUAACCACCUUGCUUGCACAGCAUGCGAAGGUUGAGUCUUCUUUGGCAAUAAUUAGUGCAGUACGUAAUGUUAUGAGGCAUUUGCGGAAAAGCAUUCACUGCUCUCUUGACGAUGCAAACCUGGGCGUCGAUGUUAUAAAAUGGAAUAGAAACUUUAGGGAAUCCAUUGACAAAUGCCUCGUGGAAUUAUCAUAUAAGGUUGGAGAUGCAGGCCCGAUUCUGGAUGCUAUGGCUGCAAUGUUGGAGAACAUCUCAAGUAUUACUGUCAUAGCUAGAACCACAAUCUCGGCUGUUUACCGAACUGCUCAAAUUGCAGCUUCCCUUCCAACUUUGUUGUAUCAGAAUAAGGCUUUCCCUGAGUCAUUGUUUCAUCAGUUACUCCUGGCUAUGGUUCACCCAGACCAUGAAACACGAGUUGGAGCUCAUUGCAUCUUCUCUGUUGUUCUUGUGCCAUCUUCAGUUUGCCCUUGUUCGUCAUCAGUUUCUUCUGAAUCAAGAAAAGGUUCAGAAAUUUCAAGGACACUCUCAAGAACUGUCUCUGUCUUUUCUUCUUCUGCUGCCCUUUUUGAGAAGCUAAGCAAGGAGAAAGCUUCCACAAGGGAGUAUGCCUUCACCGAAAACAGGGAAAAUGUUCUUAAUGAGGGCCAAUCUGGAAACAGCGGUUUUGGGGUGUUCGAAAGAUUGAAAUCAUCUUACAGUCGCGUGUACAGUAUGAAAAAUCCUCCUGUACCCUCCACCACUGAUGCAAAUUCUUCAAGCAAUCUUAACAAGGAACAAGAGGUUAAUUCCCUUAGGUUGAGUAGUCGCCAGAUAUCGCUCUUGCUUUCAUCAAUUUGGGCGCAGUCCAUCUGUCCUGCAAAUACACCUGAAAACUAUGAGGCAAUUGCUCAUACGUACAGCCUUGUCUUGCUGUUCUCUCGGGCCAAGAAUUCAAGAAAUGAAGUUCUAGUUCGAAGUUUUCAGCUUGCAUUUUCGUUGCGCAAUAUUUCUCUCAAAGAAGGAGGGCCACUUCCACCAGCACGUCGCAGAUCCCUAUUUACUUUGGCAACAUCAAUGAUCCUCUUUUCCUCAAAAGCUUACAGUAUUCUUCCUCUUGUUCAAAGUGCCAAAAUGGUGCUUAUGGAAACUAUGGUUGACCCGUUUCUACGCUUGGUUGAAGAGCAAAAGUUGCAGGCUGUUAAUACUGCUUCUAAUCACCACACCAAUGUUUAUGGAUCUAAAGAAGAUGAUAACUCAGCUCUAAAAGCUCUUUCAGAACUAGCAUUCUCUGACCACCAGAGUAGGGAAUCCUUUGCUUCCGAGAUUGUAAAGAGUUUGGAAGACGUCUCAGAUUCUGGAUCAUCCACUGUGCGGGAGCGACUCUUCAGUGAAUUCUUACCUGAUGAUGCUUGCCCAUUGGGAACCCAGUUUUUUGUGGAUACUCCACGAAAAGUCUAUCGGGUCGACUCAGAAAACAAUAAAGCCCUUGAGGAGGGUGCUCCAGCUUUUUCAUUAGGUGACGAGGCUUUUGUAGAGUCAUGUGAACGUCAAACCAAACCUGAUAUGGAGUUGGCUGUCGAAAAUCCUGAUCUUUUAAGCAUUAAUCAACUUCUUGAAUCUGUCUUUGAAACGGCGCAUCAAGCUGGAAGAAUUUCUGUAACCGCACCCGAUGUACCUUACAAAGAAAUGGCUCAUCAUUGUGAGGCACUUCUGAUGGGCAAGCAACAGAAGAUUUUUCAUUUGAUGAGUGUUCAGCUGAGGCAGGAGAGUUCAAUUAAUUUUCCGCAACAAAAUCAAGAAAACGAGGCAAAGAAGGUUGGCAAUCCUUUUCUUGACCAAAACACUACCAAUCCAUUCCAACAAUCCAGUGGUGGGGUUCCAAUGCAGUGUGCAGCCGAGUAUCAGCAUCAACCCAACUUCUUCAGAUUACCGGCAUCAAAUCCUUAUGAUAAUUUCCUAAAAGCUGCUGGCUGCUGAUCCCGUAGAGACAUUUUGUAAGAAAAUUACAUAACAGAAUCUCAUUGUCUAGAGAAAGCAAGCAUCAGUGUUGCAUAUAGGUUGUUGAUUCUAAAGCUCGAGGCCUCCACAGCUCUCGGAAUUCACCUUAAUGUAUACAUGUAUAUUUUAGCAUCUGCAGGAAGCCACAUCAGGAAUAGAGAAAUGUUUUUAAGUUCUACCAUUGAACUGAUGUGAGGAGAGAAAAAGAUUGAUUUGGCUAUGAUGCAUACCAUUUGUACCCAAUUCUUUCAUUUUUUGAGGAUAAUUUUUUUCAUUAUUUUGCGGUUGGACUGCACAAAAGGAAGUGUACUGUGUAUCCUCAUUUGCGUCAUCCGUUGUCGAUCAGAGUUCUGGCAAUUCUGUAAGAGUUUUCCAUUUCUGAUGAUAAACAAAGAAUGUAUUUUGUUGUUGUUUCCAUCCAUUUUGAUGGGUUUGUAAUGUUAUAAUGUAUAUGUAAGCUCCAAUUUCUUCUACUUCAUGUUUUGCGAGUCCUUUUUCAUGUUGAACUUUG